AUGGUUUCGCCCGUUUGUCCUCAGAGCCAGCUGGGGUAAUGUUAAAGAAGGACCUUUAAACAGCGAGACGAACAGUGCACAACAACGGCCAGUCUUCCUUUCAGUGGUGCGCUAUUUUUGGUUUUAGUCUCCUAGUCCGGAUACUUGAAUGAGCUGUAACCCAAGAUGCCUCUUAAAGACGAGCGACCGGCCUCUACGUCCAGUGGCGAGGACCAAGGCAGCGACGUGGAGUCGUCAGAGCGCUGUGACAGCAUGACGUCGACCAGCGACAUGGACUGUUCCCGGGAAAGCUCCACGAGCGACUGCUCCAGCAAGCACUGCACGCCCUCCUCCAGCCCACCCAAAAUCUUAACCCUGGAUGAAGUCAUGGAUGCUACCUGGGACCUUACCAGUCAUAAUAUGUUUCAUGAGAUGACUGUAAACCGCAACUUCCGUGUGGAAGUACCCAACUUCCCUCCAAACAGUUUACACAAGAUAGUAAAAGAUAAUCUCCACAAGGCCUUCUGGGACAUCCUGGAGUCCGAGCUGAACGACGACCCGCCUGAGUAUGGGCAAGCCAUCAGAUUAUUGGAGGAGAUCAGAGAGAUCUUACUGUCAUUUCUUAAUCCGGGUGCCAAUCGGAUGAGGACACAGAUCACGGAGGUGCUGGACAUCGACCUGAUUCGUCAGCAGGCUGACAACGAUGCAGUGGACAUCCAGGGCCUUGCCUCUUAUAUUAUCACCACCAUGGGCAAACUCUGUGCGCCGGUUAGGGAUGGGGAUAUCAGAAGGCUCCGUGGAAACACAGAUAAUAAUGUAGUGACUCUAUUUAGGGAGAUCUUCCAAGUGCUGGAACUGAUGAAGGUGGACAUGCUGAACUCAACAAUAGAUGAUCUGAGGCCUGUUUUGCACAGCCACGGUGUUGAAUUUGAGAGGGCAACAUUCCAGAGAAUCCUGGACAAAACACCCAGUGCUUUGAACCACACAACCUCGUGGAUCAAGUCAGCACUGGAAGAGCUGCUGUCGGCCACCUUCUCCACACAGCAGGGGAAGGGACAGCGAGAGAUGCCUGGUCCCUUUCAAAUCCUCAACACCGCUUUCCUUAGCAUCCUUACAUGGGACUUUGAAAAGAGCCCAGUGCCUGAGACCUUGAUAAAUGAUGAGAUGCGUCUGCGUGAGAUUCAGUGGCAGCUCCGGCAGUGUCAGAUGGUGAACAUGGUGUUACUCAUUGUAUACAGCACCGUCGGAGGGCCUGUCCAGGGUCUGCCCUGCCUGUCUGACCGUCUGAAGAGGAUGACCAGUGUGUUGCUGGAUGGGAUGCACAGCCCGAACUUUAACCUACAAGAGGCACUAGAGGGCGUCAGUGCUCAGAUCUGCUGUGAGAUCAGCAAGUCUUUAACAGAGAGGAGCUACCCUGCACUGACCCCAGAGCUGCAGGCCACCCUUAGAGGCCAGAUCUGCAGCAUCACUCAGAAGGACAAUCCAAUCCACAGUCUUGUUGAGGAUCGUGCGCAGCAGUACUUCAGGGCCCUCAUCUUUGAUCCCAAACCCCAGGUCAAACUUGAACAGACACCAGCUGGCCUGACUGACAUCAAACCUGAGCUAGCAUCGAUAGGAGCAAAGCUCAUCUCCAUAGUCAACUACAACAAGACUGUCUACGGACCUUUCUACGCAAGUAUCAUCAGGAAGCUGAUGUUCAGCAGCCCACCAGCAGCAGACCCUCUUCAGGGCACCACUCACGAAUCCGUCCCCUCCAACUGAAACCAAACUUUGACAGAUGCAGUCUAGGAGUCUUUUUGCCAGACAUAGCUAAAGCUAAGGAGGUACUACAGUAACUUGGCAGUACUGCUGCUUUGGUUGAUCAGUGUGCUUCAAUAGUUCAGAGUUACCUUCAGCGUAUCGUAAAUGUAGUUUUUAUCACUACAUUUAGCAGUGAAGGCACUGCGGUGUAGUUACCAUGUGGUCGACAUUUACUGUGACCCACAUUAUUUGUGGUCAGUGUUCUGAAAUGUGUUCUCUUAUGAACAUUUACAGCUUCAAACUGGAAAACCAGUAUUACAUUGAUCCAUUUCUGAACAUAAUAGUAAUAAUCAUGUUGUAUAUUUGUUUGCAUUCACACUCCUGUUCUUGUGAAGGGAGUUCACGGGAGAAAAAAGGGCAAAACCUUAGUAUGUGUAAAGGAUACAGUAAGUUUUAUGAAGCAGAAAGGAAGAAGCUUAUAUAUUUAGAAAAGUAGAACAUCAGAUUCUUUACAUUUAAGAAGUUAUUUAUCACAGGAAACUAUACAGUAUAACCACAGUUAUAACCACCUUUGAACAUAGAAAACAUGAGAUAGCCUUUUUCUCAUGGAAUUUGUUCUUUUGAUCAUUCUCCCUUUAACUUUUUUAUCAGUCAGAGAACUAAAAAUUUUUAGAUUCUGGCUUUUUAGAUUUUUAAAUAUUUAUCCACUCAUACUAUCAAACAGUAAAAAAAAAAAAAAAGAAGUAUAAAUAAACAAAACUAUGUCAGUUUUUCAAAGAAAGAAAGAAAAGUUUGCUUGCAUGAGUACUUCUGUGUUGGGGUUAAGUCAUUUUAGUUUUUACCUGAGUCGUUUGUUGUCACAUGUUGUAUGUUCUAUGCUUAUUCUCUGCCGGUGGCAUACUUGUUAUGUUGAUUUAGUUCCUAUGUUUGUUACAUUUUGAGGUACUGUAGUUGUUGAAGUAUUGCUGUGUUGGAUGUCAUAAUCCUGUGGGGAAAUGUAAGGUGCUGAACUCAAAAGUGAGUCCAAAAUUUCCAGCGGACCUAAUGAUGCACAGAGAAAAGCAAUUAUAAACUUGAUGUGAAAGUUUACAUAAAAUGUGGGAAGAAAAUGUGUUUUCUGUUUCUUGUGUACCACGUUUAAUAUAAUAAAACUUCCACUUUUAUCAAAAUUA